AUGCAACGAACGCAAUCUGCAGUGGACUUUUCCAGUCUACUGAACCCGGAGACAACAACAGAGAGGGACCAGCUUUCUCCCCAACGGCAGACGCAAACGCAAACGCAGACUCCCGCCGUCGACGUCGAGAUGUCUGUUGGAUUGCUCCGUCCAAAUGGGCCUUUGCCCACGGGCGCUCAGUCGGCUGACAGCACGAAUGAGCUCCCCCGUCCUUACAAAUGCACCAUGUGUGACAAGGCUUUCCACCGCCUCGAGCACCAGACCCGUCACAUCCGGACGCACACAGGCGAGAAGCCACACGCCUGCCACCACCCAGGCUGCAGCAAGAGGUUCUCGCGCUCAGAUGAACUAACGAGGCACUCGAGGAUACACAACAACCCCAACUCCAGGAGAGGGAACAAGGGACAUCAGCACGCUGGUCUGGUUCACAGACUGCAGCCUGAUGUCAUGCCUCCACCGCAGCCCAAGACGAUUCGCUCGGCUCCCCCGACCGCGAUCUCUUCUCCCAAUGUCUCGCCUCCUCAUUACCACUCGUACAACUUCUCCCCUCAGCCUACGCUGAGCCCAUACCAUCGCAAUGCUCUUGGUAGCCAGAGCGGUCCCGACAUUCAGAUGCUGGCGAGAGCUGUUGGUCAAGUCGAGCGGGACAAGAUGGCCCCUUACGGCUCAAGACAUGCUCACUUCUAUGGCAACGGCAUUGCCACAUCAAGGAAUCCCCUGAUGGCCGGCCCUUCGCUGCAUGCCUACCAUAUUUCUCGGCCCACUCACUCCCACGAUGACGACGACCAUUAUCACAAUUACAGACACGCUAAGAGGUCGAGACCCAACUCGCCUAACUCCACCGCUCCUUCUUCUCCCACGUUUUCUCACAAUUCACUCUCGCCAACUCCCGACCACACACCACUUGCCACGCCUGCCCACUCUCCGCGUCUCCGGCCGUUUGGAACCGAGCUCGCGCCGUUUCGCAAUCUUUCUUUGCAUAGCCAAGUUCCAGCGCUUGCUCCCCUUGAGCCGCAACCCGAAGGUCAGCAGUUCUCGCAGCCACCCGCGCAAGCGCCAUCUCGCAGCGGCAUUUCCUUGACCGACGUGAUCAACCGUCCAGAUGGAGCUCGCAAACUUCCACUUCCAAGGAUGAGUGUCAGCGACAUGCUCACGCCAAGUGAUGGCUACAGCCUCAGUGGCAGAAACUCGACCGCCAACAGCGUUGCUGGAGAUUUCUUGUAA